AUGAUGAUGACGUGCCGUCUGCUGUGCGCCCUGUUGGUGCUCGCCCUGUACUGCUGCUGCCCGUCCGUGUGCGGGGCAGACGCUCAGCCUGGGCCUCAAGCCGCCCCCGUUCCACCGCCCCCUCCACCACAGCCACCAACCCCGACGGCCGGUCAGUCAGGGUUGUCAGGUUCGGGCCCUGAAACAGGAGGAAUCCCAGGGAACGGUCAGGCUGCUAAAAAUUCAGCCACUGAGCCAGCUGCGGAAACAAUUGAGGCAGAAGCGCCACGUUUAGCCGAUCCGGGACCAAAAGUAAAUAACGUGUCAAAUACAUCACUGACAGAGGUUACGAACGGCAAUAAAGAAUCAGAAAUUGGUGCCGGUACAUCUACGGACAAAGACGUUAAUAAAGCCGAAGCUUCUUUUGAGACGACCACAAUGACUGCAACAACCACGACGACCACCACUACAACACAGGCACCCAGUACUACGACUACAGAGGCGCCAGCUGUGUCGACCACCCGCGCACCGUCGCGUCUUCGCAGAAUCGACGGCAGCCUCAGCAGCUCUGCGUGGGUGUGUGCCCCGCUGGUGCUCGCCGCAUCCGCGCUGGCGUACACCGCUGUGGGCUGA